AUGGCACUUUCUUAUCGAUCUCGUAUUAAUAGUCAUCAGGGAGAUUAUAUAGAAGUGGCGGGGCCCAUAUCAACCAUCACGGCAGGAAACAUUUCAGGAUACGAUGGAUUGCAGAAUAACACAAUCCAAAUUCCCCUGGAGGAAAGCGUCACUCUCGACUUUGGAGGUAUACUCAAGGAAUUCUUUGUUUUAAAUGGGAGCCCCGAGUGCUAUUCUCUCAGAACGAUAAUCGAAGUCGCUGGCCUUGUUGACCUAGACAGAUGCUCUGUCAGUCUUAUCCAUGGACAGGUAUACUCAGUCAGAGGGAAUAUUAAUAGCUCAAACUGA